CAUAAGUUUAGCUUAGUGGAAUGUUUAAGUGUGCGCCGGCGAGAAGUUUUGUUUCGGCAUGUUUUAAUACUUAAUGCAGAGUACCGAUGAAGUGAACCGAACAACAGGACGUGUCAGUGCUCAGGGAAAUGGUUGUCAGCGAUGUUUUUGGUUUCAAGAAAGGAAGUGUCAGCCGGAGGAAAACCUGGAAUUCGAUAGCUGAAAAACCUAAAUCAGUUCGAUUCGCUAAUGGUUCGUAUCAAAGACAAGAGAGCAGUUAGAGAGCGCUGGGAAUUGUUUAAAUGAAAAUUCAAGUCCUACAUCUUUCGUGAGUUGAUGAUGGUCGGCUUUUUCAACUAAGAACUCUGGUUUACAUCAGGCUGAAUCGAGGUUGUCGAGUUUGAAAGCGAAGCGGUGGAUACCUGGUAGGCCUUCCAUUUCAAAUGGUCAGCGGUUUAAUGUUAAGUUCAAGAUGGCGUGGAGUAUAUCAAAUAGUACUAAUGGGAAGCUCAAAAUUUUCAAAGUCCAUCCCUCUGAACCAGAUGACGAAGACAGGGAUGAUAGUUCUGAAGAUCAACCACCUGCUUCUGGACAAGAUCUACCUGCAGUCAAACAAGGUGUACCAACAGACGAGGAGCUGGAGGAUUUGGGCCAAAGUAUUGGCAUAAAAUGGGAACAACUAGGACGUAGAUUGAAUUUCUCAGAUGAAAAGCUUCAGGAGAUUGACUUGGAUAAAAGGUUUCUUUCUCAGAAAGCAUAUCAGAUGCUGAAGGAGUGGAAACAUAGGGAUGGACCUGAUGCAACAUAUCAAAAUCUGUAUGCUGCUCUAAGCCACAAAUUUGUUUCACGUAAAGACUUGGCUGAGAAGUACUGCAAAUAAUAUUGUUGCUUGAAGAUUGCUCACUUCUGUCUACCAUUUUGUUGAUAGCACAUUUUACCAUCAAAGUCUGAGCCAAUGGGCAAAUGGUUAGCAGUAUAAGGGCUCAAAACUAACUUUUCAACUUACUAGCCAAGAGGCUAGUGAUAAUGUAGAUGUUACCACAAUUUCAGUUUGUUUAUAAACAAUUAUUGGAUAAGGUGUUUGUGAUGUCCGGAAUAAUCAAGGUUGAG